AAUACUUAUUCGUUCAGUGUAGUCUCAUGGGUGACGUAAAAAAACAUUAUCAUUAUGUACUUGUUUGUAAUUUGAGGUUACGUUAAUAAAUGGGAAGAUAAGAAGUUUAUAUUUAUUCUAUGAACGCAGAGAGAGAGAGAGAAAGAAGGUAAUAUAAAUAAUCUUGUGAGUGUGCCCGGCAUCUUUGUAAAUUAAAGAUGUGUUCUUAAAAUUGACAUUUCUUCGAUGUUAAAAAUGAAUGAUGAACAUUGCCAUGCAAGUAUACCAGUGGAAGUCGAAGCCGCCGUAAAAAAUAAUGAAUGCUCAUUUGAUGUCGUUGAAAAAUAUGAUGAGUCUUCUUUUAAGGUAGUUGGAAACAAGGAUCCUUUAUCGUAUAAGGUAGUUGUUAAAAAAAAUGUAUCUUCAUAUGACGACAAAAUGGGAAAAGAUGAUGCAGCUUCAUAUAUAAUAGCUGAUGUUAAACCGGCAUUUGUGUUAAUGCAGAAGCCACACAUGGUAGACUUAAGUGGGAUCACCAAACCGAUGAUGAAAAUCUCACCAGAAUAUUUCAGUUCGAUGUGCGUGGGGGCAGUCCCAGUACAAACAUUAGGUGCAGUAGAAAGUAUAACAAACGAUAGGAGAGAGCGUGGCGGUGAAGCAAGAUCAGUUCUGUUCGGGGAGCAGUGUUCGGAAACGAGCCACAGCACGCCGCAGUCGGAGCGGGAGGACAGCGUGUUCCACAAGGUACCGAGGUCGUAUGCCAAGGGGCGGCGAAGGGUGGGGAAGGAGAAGCCCAAGUACUCGUGCGAGGUGUGCUUGAAGACGUUCACGCAGCUGGGAAACCUGUGCAUCCACCAGCGCAUCCACUCGGGCGACCGCCCCUUCCGCUGCACCUUCUGCCCCAAGACGUUCACGCAGCUGUGCAACAUGUGGAAGCACGUUCGCACGCACACGGGCGAGAAGCCAUACUCGUGCCUCGUGUGCGGGCGUGCCUUCAGCCAGCAGGCCAACCGGGCCAAGCACAUGCGCGUCCACACGGGGGAGCGGCCGUUCCCGUGCGACCGCUGCCACAAGGCGUUCACGCAGCGUGCCAACCUGCUGAAGCACGCCCUGGUGCACACCGGGGAGCGGCCCUUCGCGUGCCGCUACUGCGGCAAGGGCUUCUCGCAGCUUAGCAACCUGGACAAGCACCAGCGCGUGCACACGGGCGUGAAGCCCUACUCGUGCGCCACGUGUGGCCGUGCCUUCACGCAGCAAGGCAACCUGGCCAAGCACGAGGCCGUGCACUCGCAGCACAAGCCUUUUGCUUGCCCCGGCUGCACCAAGACGUACACCCAGAAGAGCAACCUGGAGAAGCACAUGCAGAGAUGCUCCGGACAGAACUUCUCCUCAGACUAGACUAUACUCGCUGCUUAUUUGUUCCGUCUUGCUCUAGGGAAACAACUGUACUCACAAUUUUAAGAUAUUGUGUAAUUGCAAAUGAUCAUCGUGCUGAAUUAUAAGAUUAAUAGUAUGAAACCAGUUAGGGUAGUGCAUCAUGUCUACUUAGGCAUGUUGUCCGUUACGUGAUCACCAUAAUGAAAAUACACAGGGAGCAAAGAGGUACUGCUGACAUGGCCGAAGUAGCACUUGCAUGGAACACGCAGGCUGUGGUAAUCUCUGAACUUACUCUAAGGGGCUGAGGGCAUUGGUGCCCAUAACUGGACCCCCGUAAGAAAACCCAUUGUUCUUUCCCAAAAUGGAUGUCUACCAAGGGUCUUUCUUAUGUCUUGCGUGAAGCAAAUGUGUGAUUUUACAGUAGGAAAGUAGAUAUUACUGCAAAUAUUUAGACAAGCAAUUUAGUCACUUUGUAUGUAUUUAUAAUGUAGUAUUGUGCUACGUAUUGCAGCCAUGAAUUACACUUCUGUGUGUACAUCGUAGUCUUGAUAUGUGAUAAUUACCUAAUUCUAAGUGUAUUAAUAACACAAAUGGAAUAAAAUUAAUCGUUAGUGCAAUUUUUUUUUGCAAAGUAACAACCUGAUAUUUGUAGUACAUAUAGCCUAAACUUGUGCCAUAGGCGCUAAUGUUAUUUUACGAUCUAGUGAAAAAUGUGUGAUAGAACUUAUCUGACAGUUUGAAGCCCACUAUAUGUUCCACCAGAAAGCUAAUAAAAAAUGACUUAUUAAGGAA